ACCCACAGCUGCACCUGACAAUUUACAGCCCCGAUGCGGCAGAGAGCGGGGGAAGGGGCGCUCGGGGGUCCCAGUUGUUCUUUGCAUCACUCGCGACACGGGAGAGCGGCGUUUCUCCGCGUGGAGAUUACAGUUUGAAUUCAUCCGUCAUCAAACGUGCGAGCGGACCGAGUACGCCGCCUCCUGCUGCACACUUUGCCUCCGUGGAUUUCUUUUCUUCUUUUUUCCUCUUGCUGCGGUUGUCAUUUUCUGUGCCAAGUAGAAGUGGACCGCCGUGCUUAAAGGAGUCGUCGACUUUCGGUUAUUCUCUCCUGGGGACAAUUUUUCUACAUUCCUCAUCCGCCGAUUGAAGGUGACCAGCUGCCUCCUUUUUUUAAGAAGAAGGAGCAUUUUUAUCUUCUAAAGACGACAAAAAUAAAAAAAACCUGCUUCAAAGACAAAUCUUUCUCUGAAUCUGCCAACUCUACUCUAAUUUCUGUCCAACUUGCUUCAUCGAGCGAAUGGAGUGACUCUCACUUGGGACAGUUCUGAGCCGUCCCCUGCAGCUCAUAUCGCGAUGGUCAUGGUCAAAUUUAGUCUUGGACCUACAACCCGCUGCGUCUCAUGAAGAGGUUCGGCAGCCUGAGGAGGAGCAAGAAACGGAAGGAGCAAGAUGGGCCAGGAGGGCGCCAUCAGUCCGAGGCGUCGUGUCUCUCCGGUAAUGCGGCGUGCUCUUCAGCCUCUGGACUCUCUACGCCGCCCACCACCCCAACCCAGGCUUGCAGCCAACCCGUCUUCGCCCAGGAGGUCCAGGCGAGCGCGCCGAGCCCCGAGCGCCUGGAGGCGAGCGCCCGCUCCCGCUCCGUCUCCAGCCCUCUAGACACCGGGCAGCGCCUCAGCCUUCCCUGCGCUAAACCCCCGAUGCCGUCCUCGAGCCCCGUGACAGCCUACUCUACCUCGCCACAAGUCUACGGUUUAUUCGAAGGCAUGCUGGAGAAACUUGAACUAGAUGAUGUUGCUGCUGAACCUGAGAGUGAUAUUUACAUGCACUUCAUGAAAUCCCACAAGUGCUAUGACAUCGUCCCCACGAGCUCCAAGCUGGUUGUGUUCGACACGGCACUCCAAGUGAAGAAAGCGUUCUUUGCCUUGGUAGCCAACGGCGUGCGAGCUGCUCCGCUAUGGGACACGGAGAAGCAAAGCUUUGUCGGAAUGCUGACAAUCACAGAUUUCAUCAUCAUACUACAACGAUACUAUAAGUCCCCGAUGGUGCAAAUCUAUGAAUUGGAGGAGCAUAAGCUUGAGACAUGGAGAGAGGUUUACCUUCAAGCGACAUUCAAACCUCUGGUCAACAUAUCACCUGAUGCAAGCCUGUUCGAUGCAGUGUACACGCUCAUCAAAAACAAAAUUCACCGCCUGCCUGUCAUCGACCCCGUCACGGGGAAUGCACUUUAUAUUCUCACACACAAGAGGAUCCUCAAGUUCCUCCAGCUUUUUAUGUGUGAAAUGCCAAAGCCAGCGUUCAUGAAGCAGACUCUCGGGGAGCUGGGCAUCGGGUCGUACCGCGACAUUGCGUUCAUCCACCCGAACACGCCCAUCAUCAAAGCACUCAACAUCUUUGUGGAGAGAAGAGUGUCCGCCCUGCCUGUGGUGGACGAGUCGGGAAAAGUUGUGGAUAUUUACUCCAAGUUUGAUGUGAUCAACCUGGCUGCCGAGAAGACGUACAACAACCUGGACAUCACGGUGACGCAGGCUCUCAAACACCGCUCUCAGUACUUCGAAGGAGUCAUGAAGUGCCAUAAAAUGGAAACGAUGGAGACCAUCGUGGACCGAAUCGUCAAAGCUGAAGUGCAUCGGUUGGUGGUGGUGGACGAGCGCUCAAGCAUCGAGGGCAUCGUCUCCCUGUCCGACAUCCUCCAGGCCCUGGUGCUCAGCCCGGCAGAUGCCUGUAAGGAGGAGACCCUGACUGAGUGAGAGGGGGGGGGGGGGAAGCGUCGGUGGGAGUAAUUAAGUGUGGUGGUUGAGGCCGCGGCGCCGGUCUCACGGUGCCAGAGACCCUGCAACGGAUGCACUGGAGAGGCUGGAAACCAAAGAGCUAGACGGCUGCACGGAGGACUUCCUGCACUGAGGAUGGAUUUUAUGAGUGUUAUUUUGGGUUUGUUUGAACACUGAUCAGAUGUACACACACACACACACACACAGAGUCUACUGUAUUUAGACAGACGCACACGUAGACAUGCAUUAUGGUCACUUGCUUGGUCGACGGUGGGGAAGUCUCGACUGCUCCUGAUGAAUUAGGGCUCCAGUGUUCUGGGUUGUGUCGUGACAAUCAUGCUGCUGUCAUCAGUGGGUUUUUAGUUGCAUUUCGGAGUCGGUACAAAAUGUUGUCACCUUCAGGAAAACGCGUCCGUUUUUGGUGUAGGAACACUCAGAGGCAACUUUCUGAUUGGUAGCAAGACGACGCCUCGGCUGUUACAAAGAAAUCUACAGAACAAAAAAACAAACAUUUUCCAGUGCCAAUAUGGAGGAUUGAUGCUGAAUCUUUAUUUGUGCCUUGUGUUGCCCGGCCCACUUAAAAGUGGCAAGAAGUUGUGUUCUUUUGGAAUUUGUAGAGUCAAAUGAGUGCAAUUAUUAUACUAGUAAUUCAAACGUUAUGUUCCUUUUUAUUUGGUUGUAUUUUCUCUGAUUUUUAAACCAUGUCAGAAGUGUCAAAUAUCUGUGAAAAAAAAUCCCCCCCCCCCAAAUAAAAUUCCUAAAUAAAAUCUAAAUAAUUUUGGCACAAAAGCACGCAGCGGUUGGAGUCAAAUACAACGGGACAUCAAAGUAUUCUAUCAGUCAGCGGGUACUUUUGAUCGGAAUCAGAAUUUUUUUCUUGCCAAGUAUAUUUACAUAUAAAAGGAAGGUGUCAUCAGUAUAAAGUAUGUCAUCAUUCAGACUCAUUGCCUUCUGUAACAUGGUUACAUUACGUAAAAUGUCUUUUCAGAUGCGACUUUCCAAUUGUUUUGACGCUUCAGAUAUUUAGGUUGUGGCAAAGAUGCGAAACAAUGAUGUCAUCUCUGCUGUAGCUCCACAGGACUCAUCUCUGACUGUAAAUAAGGUGUUGUUGUUUUUUUCGGGAAACACGUCUCACAAAGCUUUAUUUUUAUGAAUGUGUCGACGUGUUUAAAAAGAUUCUGACUGCGGUUUUAUUGUUAUUUUUGUAAAUAUAUUGUUGCAAUACAUCCGGUUCAAAGAGACUUUGUAAUCAGAUCAAAAUGUACUGUAAACGUGCACGCAUGAGAAACUACACUUCAGCAGUAUGAAUGUCCUUCGUUUCACUUUUUUCUAUUUUUCUUGCUGCAGAAAAAUAAAUGGACACUGAAUGUA